CUUUUGUGAGUAACUCGUGCCGAUCGGACUAGAAAAACUAACUUGUUGUAGGGUGCCUUACUCUCUUAAAAAUGGCUUCUGCACCGGUACCCGAAGUUAGGCAGAACUUCCCUCGAGACUGUGAGUCAGGUAUCAAUAAGCAAAUUCAUAUGCAACUGCAGGGGUCAUACGUUUACUUAGGAAUGGCUUACCAUUUUGAUCGAUCAGAUGUAGCUCUUCCAGGCUUCAAAAGUUACUGCCAGAAACUCUCCGACAAAAAGAAAGAUGUGGCAAGUAGCUUGAUGGUCUACCAAAACCAAAGAGGUGGUAAGAUUUACCUUCAAGACAUUAAGUCUUUGAAUCAUGACUUUUCCACUGGUCAAAAAGCAUUUGAAGUUGCACUGGUCCUUGAGAAGGAGGUCAACAAAGCUCUCUUGGAGCUGGUCAACGUUGCUGUUGCCAACAAGGAUGCUCAGUUUGAAAGCUUUCUUGGGGACUUUCUUCAAGACCAAAUCCUUCUCAUCAAGGAACUAGGGGAUCAUCUGAGAAACAUCAGCAGGGCAGGGCCCAGUCUUGGAGAGUACUUCUUUGAUGCGAAGACCCUUUUGUCUUGAUGUCAGCUAGCCCCCAAAGAAAGCAAAAAAAAAAUUGUAACAGUUCAAAAGAAGUGCACUUUACAUUGAAAGUCCUAUCUUCACUCGUUUCAAGAAGAAUCCCUUGCAUGAACCUCUUAUCAGUAUCUGCAGUCAAGUACUUAGUAUCAUGGAGGGAGAAAUAGAACCUCCAUGUUGUAGUAUCAAGUAUUGAUAAGUUCCAGGGGGGCACAUCCAUGUAAUGGUAUAUUAAAGCAAUCGCACAACAUCGGUAAACAGUAUUGUCCAAAGGCCCACACUUCGUGUAUGACAACUUAUAAU